AUGAAACCAUUUGCUGGUGGUGAGAUUAAGGAAUGUUCAACUGCUGUUGCAGAAAUAGCUUUUCCUGAUAAAAAGGAUAUUAUUUCCAAAAUUGGUUCGUCAAGAUUUACAAUUGGAAGAAGAAUUGAAGACCUGUCCGAAAACAUAAUUGCAACUUUAAGUGAACGCAUUCACAAAUUUGAAUGGUGUUCCUUGACACUUGAAAGCUGUGACAUCAGUGACAAAUCACAACUAGCGAUAUUUGUAAGAGGAAUCGAUUCGAAUUUUGAUAUAAGUGAAGAACUAUGUUCAUUGGUUCCAAUGAAAGGAACUACAACAGGGAGAGAAAUAUUUGUUAACCAUUGCAUAAUUCACCAACAGAAUCUUUGCGCAAAAAUUUUAAAUAUGCCCAAUGUCAUCACGCCUGUAAUAAAACUUAUUAAUUUUCUCAAACCUCGAGCGUUUAAUCACUGCCAGUUUAAAAAAUUUUUAAAAAAUUUGGGAAGUGAAUAUAGUGAUGUAAUUUGCAACACAGAAAUGCGUUGGUUGAGUAGAGAAAUGAAAGAAUAUCCGUUUCCCCAAUUUCAAGAUAAAGAAUGGAUCUGUGAUUUUGCCUUUCUCGUUGAUAUAACUCAGAAUUUGAAUGACAAAUAUGGAACUUCAAGGAAAAAGCCAGUUUAUUCAUAA